UGUGUAGUCGUGAACAAGCACACGUGCAUUGUCUUUUGUGUUGAAUGAUGUAAAGGCAGCACUACACUCAAUCGACAUAUAUUUAGCAUGCCGACUAAUGUGUAAGCCUUCCGUAAAUUCCCGAAGAUCAGUUUGGACACUGGCUGGUGCUGCUAGCGCGCGUUCAGCAUUUGUCUGCUUUUGUAAAGCUACUGUUCUGUGACCGUGUUUGUUUAUAUAUCGAUCGCGUUUACACACGUGCAUGUACGUGUGUUAAGUUAACAAUAUUUACACUACCAAUGUAUUAGACGGUUAUCAAGUUCCAGUUCAAAUUCGAAUGUUUACACUACAUAUGAAGAAUAUAUUUUUGAAUUUUCACUUUGGUCAAUAGCAGACGACACCUAUUCAACAUGGCUGACAAAAGACGGGAUGUUAUCGUCAUUGGUGCUGGCUUGAGCGGUCUAGCGGCUGCCAAACUGCUGCAUGAACAGGGACUUGACGUGUUGGUGCUUGAAGCCAGGGACCGUGUUGGCGGAAGGACGUACACCAAACAUAAUGACGUCAUCAAUUACGUGGACGUUGGUGGGGCCUAUGUGGGUCCUACUCAGAACCUGCUGUUACGUAUGGCGGAUGAGUUUGGAGUGAAGACUUACCUUACAAAUGAAGUGGAGGAUCUGGUUAUCUACAGAAAGGGAAGCAGCAGACGAUUUAAAAGCUCUUUCCCGCCUAUGGGAGGUUUUAUUGCGCAUCUGGACCUCCUCCAGGUCUUUCGAGUCAUUGAUGAGAUGGGAAGUGAGAUACCUGAAGCAGCACCAUGGAAUGCUCCACAUGCAGAGGAAUGGGACAAUAUGACGGUCCAAGAAUUUCUCAAUAGAUACGCCUGGACUGAUGCUGUGAAAAGAUUCGCCACGGGAUUUGUGAACCUGAAUGUGACGUCAGAGCCGUACGAAUGUUCGUUGCUAUGGUUUCUGUGGUAUGUCAGACAAUGUGGAGGCACGCAUCGUAUAUUUUCCACAUCCAAUGGCGGACAGGAGAGAAAGUUCGUCGGCGGUUCACAACAAAUUAGCAAACACAUUGCAAAGAAACUUGGAAAUGAUAGAGUGUUACUGUCGAAACCAAUUUGUCUGAUAAAACAAGAGAAAAAUAUGGUGAAGGUCACUGACGUACACGGCAACACAUAUCAGGCUACCUAUGUUAUAAGCGCCGUGCCACUACCACUACAAAGUAAGAUAACCUUUGACCCUCCCCUGCCGUCCCUUCGUAACCAAAUGAUACAGCGAGUUCCUAUGGGCUCUGUGAUUAAAACCUUCACCUACUAUACUAAACCAUUCUGGCGGGAUCGAGGUUAUUGUGGUUCAGCGAUGAUCGAUGACGAGGAAUCUAUAAUUAAUUAUACACUGGAUGACGUCAAACCGGAAGGCGGGAAGCCCGCUCUUAUGUCGUUCGUUCUUGCUGAUAAAGCCAGAAAGCUCUGUAAUUUGACAGCAGAAGAGAGGAAACUCAGGAUAUGUCAAAUGUACUCCAAAGUGUUCCAGACAGACGAGGCACUGCAUCCCAUUCACUACGAGGAAUAUAACUGGCUGGCUGAACAAUGGUCCGGAGGAUGUUACACAGUCAUGAUGCCUCCAGGUUUCCUCACCAAAUUUGGACAGGAGAUGCGACGACCGUUUGAUAAAAUCCAUUUUGCCGGGACAGAAACUGCCACAGCUUGGUCAGGGUAUAUGGACGGUGCCAUACAGGCUGGGGAACGAUCUGCAAGAGAGAUCCUGAAUCGUCUCGGAAAAAUUCGUGAAGACCAGAUCUGGGUUACCGAACCGGAACACAAGGUGAUACAGCCUAGGCCAUUUCAGACUACAUUCUGGGAGCGACAUUCUCCUAGUGUUGGUGGUUUCCUGACGUUCUUGGGUCUGAUGUCCGCCAUGUCGUCAGUGGGAGUCGGGAUGUACAUAUACACUAAGCAUAUGCGAUAAUAAUGAUACUAUCAACUCCAUUGCAUAUCCUGACUAUUCAUAUCAACGUAAUGUAAACAGACUGUCAAUAAACAUCAAAUAUCACGAUAGUUUUUAUACAGAACGGUAUUCAGAUAUUCUAUUAUAUAUACUAUUACUAUUUUUAUGAGAUAAUUGUUAAUAGUAUUAUCUUGAUGUUGUUUUCUUGUUGUCCUGAAUAUUCAAUAUUUACACUAAAUCGCCGCUGUGGUGACGCCGAUGCAUACUAUUAAUUAUCCAGUCGUUGCCGGUGCCCUGUUAAAUAGGUUCUAUGAUACCCAUGUAUAUACCAAGAUCAAUGUUAGUCUAAAAGAUAAAUUUGUAACGUGACGUCAUCUGGAUCCUUCCUUGAAUAUUAUCGUGGAACAACAGAAGUUAUCACCCAAAGCUAAACUUCUAACGGAAGUUACAAUCCCGCAGCUAGAAUGUUAAAGGAAGUUGUAAUCCCGCAGCUAAACUUCUAACAGAAGUUAUAAUCCUGCAGCUAGAAUUUUAACGGAAGUUAUAAUGCCACAGCUAAAAUGUAAACGUCAGUAAUGAAUUCUGUCUAAUGAUGUUUAAGUGUACUGGUGUAUUGAGUUAUCGUGUAUUGUUAUCAUAAACAUGGCUUGGUUAGUAUAAUUUCGUCACAUGGGCAAAUCAUAUUGAAAUCACGCCAAAUGAAUAAUGUAUGGGUGACAUUACAUUGGCUUACGUGUCGCUAUUGGCUAAUAGAGAGUAAAUAUUGCUUAGAGUGAAAACGCAUUUAACCGAUCUCCAGGUAUCUGCCUGUGCCAACUCAUCUGACUUCGUCAGGGCAAACAGAUUUCUGGAAUAUCCUGAAAAAUAUUUUUCUGUGAUAACCUUUGAAAUAACCUUCAUCCUUAAUUUGGAUGAUGAUUUCAACAAAUUUGAGUUGGCUAUGUUGGAAUGUGCUUAGAAAGAGAUGCCUUUGUGGAAUAAUGUGUAGUCACCUAGCAGGGUGAAUUUGACAACCAUAAUGUGCAUAUAUUCAAGUUUGAAUGCAGAUAUCUCAUCACUCAAUGUCGAAUUCCUCGUCGAUUAUAUUUUCUGGUAUAUAACCACCUUGAAGUCUGUUCUGAAUAACGACACGUCUUUAGAGGUUGACUGAGAUUAAACAUUGUGAGUACGAGAUGUAGAUGUGGUUAAUUACAGGUUGUGAUUUAUAUCUACAUCGAUAUCAACACCAUACAAAUCCCCAUGAAAGUAUAUGUCUGUAGUUAUAUAUACAUAAUUAUUGUAAUGUUUAGUAAUGUUACGAAAAAUCAUAAUAAAUAAAUAGUCAAUAGA